GGCCGCUGGAUUGCCAGACCUCUUAUCAUGCCCGCUACCGGUAGUCUUCGACGAUGACACUCAACAACCCUUGCACGUGCUGGUGAGGGACUGUGCGGUCUUGUACGGCGGUGCUGUUAGACGAGCGUUUUGUAUCGUAAGCGGGGAAUACCAAGUGGAGUGUUGCCACGUGGGGCUGGUCGCCAUGGCUUCGUCCGCGGGAGCUGCUUGCGCUGCCGGUGGGCCAUUCGCCACUGUGCAGACGCGAAGAACAAGUGCAACGACCGGUUGUUCACUUGACGGCGAUUCGAGCUCGAGAUGCUUCCUGGCAGUCACGAGAGCGAGUUGUAGGACACUCUGGCAGUCGUCUGUCAGUCGGUGUGAGACGUGUCCAGGGCUAGCGACGAGUAGCGGGCGGAGCGGCGGAGUGACAUUCGCGUCGGCGGCGGCGGUGUGCAGAUUCAGAUCUCCUACUGCCGCUUUCUCGCUUUCUUUCUCUCGUCGGCUCUGUUCCUACAGUAAUGGUGAUGAUUAUGAUAAUGAGGAGGAUGAUAGAAUGCAUGGCCGCCGUCUGUACAAGAAGAAGACGGUAUUCCUUUCCGAUGGGAUAUCGACGACAGUGGGAAGGCGGGUGGGGAGUGGUAGAAAAAAGGUAUUGGGAGAGGGAGGUAAACUGUCAGACAAGAUCCCGCCGGCGCCGGGUGUGUAUGCCAUAUAUGACAAAAACGGCGCGCUGCAGUACGUCGGCCUUUCCCGCAAGGUGUCAUUUAGCCUGGCCAAUCACGCGGCGAGGCUACCAGAUCUAGUGGCCACGGUGAAGAUCGCGAUCGUUGACGGUCCGGAUCGGGACGCGCUUCAGGCCGGCUGGAAAUCCUGGGUGGAGGAACACGUGUCGGCCGGCGGAGCUGUCCCACCCGGUAACAUGCAGGGCAAUAACACGUGGAAGGAGUCGUCGCGCCGCCCUCCGAAAGCCGAUCUGCGGCUGACACCCGGCGCCCACGUGCCGCUCACUGUUCCCAUGGAAACCCUAAUCGGUGCGGCAAUCAAGGGUACGCCCGUGAUCGCCUUCAUCAAAGGAACACGCAGCUCCCCCCAGUGCGGCUUCUCCCAUCGGGUGUUGAUGGCCCUGAACAAGGAGGGCGUUGACUACGAGACGGUCAACGUGCUUGAUGAGGAGUUCAAUCCGGGGGUCAGGGAGGCAAUCAAGGCCUAUUCCAAAUGGCCAACCAUCCCACAAGUCUUUAUAAAUGGGGAGCUGAUUGGAGGUGCUGAUCUUCUGGAAGAGAGCGUCGAGAAGGGAGAGUUCAAGCAACUGCUGGCGGCAAUCAAGAAAUGACAAUGAACCGACUUCGUCCUCUCGGCAAGGCAGGCUGUCUUGCAGCAGCCUGGUAAUCUUCCCAGAGUUGUUUGUUCAUGGUGCCAGUUGGUGGUUUUUCGUGCCGGCCGAUGGGUUUUAUCCACAAUGGAUAAAAUAGUAGUUCCCAAUCCGCGCCCAACACCAUAAGUCUGAUGAAUGCCCUAAUUGACUCUCAACAGCCCUGAUUGGCACGCACUUGCAAUACUGAGGGGAUUUGCGGCAGGCGGAAGGUUUUCUGGUCACGGUUGGGGUUUAUCAGAGCCAGCAACGGCCGAGCUUCCAGUAUAUGUCCGUGAUGUCGUCCACAUUCACUCUGCGUGGGACAGGGUGCAUAGCUGUGUGCUGUGUGCUGCGUCCUGAGUUCUUCCGUAACUCUGCUUGUAGUUCCUUCCAUUCACUUUUGUGCAGUUUCUUCACUCUUUGCGCAGCGCCUCCGCUUUUUGGUGCCGUUCCAAAGAACGCUCUGUGUUCGUUCUUGGAGGGUUGAUAUGCUGGUGCAUGCUUCCAUUACUUGAACGCACCGCACCAACAGAAGAGCAGCAUUGACCAGCAUUCACCACGGUAAAACCAGCAUUCACCACGGUUAAGAGCUUGAACGCACCGCACCAACAGAAGAAUAGCAUUUACCACCAAUUUACCACGGUAAGAGCAGCAGCACUCACCACGGUUAGAGCUUGAACGCACCGCACCAACAGAAGAGCAUAAUUUGCCACCAGUUUACCGCGGUAGGAGCAGCAUUCACCACGGUUAGAGCUUGAACGCACCGCACCCAACAGAAGAGCAGCAUUUGCCACCAAUUUACCACGAUAAGAGCAGCAUUCACCACGGUUAGAGAUUGAAGGCACUGCACCAAAAGAAGAGCAGCAUUUACCAGCAGCAUUUAUGCUGGACCAGCGGAGCGUUCAAGCAUGCACCAGUAGUGGAGCGUUUGAGCAUGCACCAGUGGAGCGUUUGCGCACGCACAAGGGAAAAAACGGGAUUUGAACCUGCGACUUCUGGCGUGAAAGGGAAAAACCGAUGCUGCUCUUCUGUCGGUGCGGUGCGUUCAAACUCUCCGCUCCACUGGUGCAUGCUAGCUUCCAUCGCUGCACAAGCUCAAGCUCCUCUGAUGCCGUGCAAAGCUCCAUCUCAAGCUUGACCAGUCUCCUCUGCUGGUCACCAGUGGAGCUUGCGCAAAUAACUCACCACCAAUCAGGGUCGAUCUCCACCGUUGCACGCUUUACCCACUGGUGCAAUGAGUUCACUGUGCUACACCAUCUUUCUUCGUCUUGUAAAGAAAGAGGGGGGGGGAAACAGGGGGGCACUUGUAAAGGAGGUGGAAGAUGAACGGGGUCAGGAUGAAUGGUGUGUUGGGUCGAGGAGGUGUUCCGCAAGCAGAGGUUCUCAGGCUCGGAAGGGCUGUCAGGCUCGGAAGUGCUGUCAGGCUCGGAAGUGCUGUCAGGCUCGGAAAGGCUGUCAGGCUUUGAAAAGGCUGUCAGGCUCAGAAAAGUCUGUCAGGCCGUCAGGCUCAGAAAAGUCUGUCAGGCUGUCAGGCUCAGAAAAGGUUCUCAGGCUAGGAGGAUUCCGGACGGGAGUUGGUUGGACUGAAUGCGGCUGUAUGCCUGUGGAUUGAAUUGGCAAUCAAGCUAGAACUUUUUGCUCUCUCUCUCAUGCGGCUCUUAUGGUUGGGAUCCCAGCUUAUGGGUAUUCAUUACACGGAGAGCAAUCAAUCUUGGCAGGGAUC